CUUUACUCACGCGGGAUUUUUGAGCAAGUUUGCUCACGAGGGAGCUUUGUGUAGAGCUAUGCGCAAAUCGCCAUCCAACGAAGAACUCGCGCGCAGCAUGAUGUCUCCAAGCCAAACUCCGUCGCUGGAGCUGGCCCAGAGAACGUUAGCCGCCCCGCCAACACCCCUCACGCCAUUGACUCCAUCCCUACAACUCGCUCAAGACGCCGUAGCCACUACUGCAUCGCCUCCAAUUCCGACAGCCAGUGCUCAUUUUGUAGGAAACGAGAACAGCAGCAACUCCAACGCCUCUCUGACGUCGCAGCGCAGUCUCUCCGCCAAUAGUGAGGAAGAGGUCGCAGAACUGGUAGCUGCAGUGGUGGAAAGCGCGGGCUUGCUGGAUACUGCCCUAGCGUCAUCCACGAACACGAUCAAGAAGGGAAAGAACUUCGUCCCCGAUGAAGACUUGAAGUUAGCCGCAGCGUGGCUUGAAAUAUCGGGAGACCCUGUUGUGGGAAAUGAGCAAAAGCUGAAGGUGUUUUGGGAGAAGGUGCACGACAGCUUCGUCGAUCGAUUAACCUCGUCGGGCUAUGAUAUGUCCAAGCAUCAACGCGGGGUUAAUAGUUUGCGCACACGAUGGCGUACGCUGCAAGCAACUUGCAACAAGUUUGCUGACUGCUAUGCAGCCGUUCUUACUCGCAACGAGAGUGGCAAGACUGUUGAGGACAAAACUGUAGAUGCACACGCUAUCUAUCGCGAGCAAAAUGGUACUCAAUUUAAAAGCCAGGGUGUGUGGACUCUUCUUCGAAACUCGCCCAAGUGGAUGGAGUCCAUCACCGCGAAGAAAACUCGAAAGCGACCGAGCAGCUCUUCAAAUGACCAUACUGACGAACACGAUACCCAAACCGCUCAUGACGCCAAUCAAGAGCGCCCCAUCGGUCGAAAGGCUGCCAAAAAGACUCUAGAGAUGGAGAAAAGCUUCAUUGUGCUAGUUGCAAAAUUGACAAAAGAAACGGAGGCUAAGAAUCGCCUUCUCAAAGAGGCAACAUCCGAUCAGAUUAUGGCGCGCAACAUGGAGGGUAUGACACCGGUAUAGCGUCGCUACUAUGAGCUUAAGCAAGCUCAGAUUUUGGAGAACUUGCAAAAGGAGAUGGAUGCGCGAGAGUAGAAUGGCAAUAUGCCAUCAAGAGACGUUUGUGAACCAGUGUCCACGGGUACUCUAAAUGCUAUAACUAAGAUGCAGCUUCGUUGUGUCUUGUGCUGCGAAUUCGCUAUUGAACAACGGUGGCGCGAGUAUCCUGUUUGUAAUGUUACGGAUUUCGAGCGUGUUCUAACUCCUACAGUGCGAGUUCAUAAAUGAAAGAGCGAGUAAUAAUUGUCAUUUAGUUAUACAGUGUUCUUCUCCAAGAAAUUCGAG